AAACCCCAACAAGUUCUAUACAGAUUAAAUAUGUUAAUAUCAGCUUUUCGGCUGUUUGUAUUUAGAAACAUGGUCCUGUAACAUAAAAAAGAUAUUAUAAGUUAUGUUGCUGAAGAAGCUGUAGUUUUUACAAAUCAAACAGCCAAUACAUUUAUUUGUUUUAAUUGUAACUUCAUAGAUCUAUGGCUUGCCUUUUGGCUUAAUUUAUUUCAGUUAACUGUUCUUGCCUGAAUUAGCGAGAUGUAUCAAAAUAAAUUAACUAAGUAAAACCUAUUUGGAACAGUACUUCGAAAUAUUGAUUAACCUGUAAAAUGCAACCUAGUAAAAACUGCUUUGUCAAAUGGCCAGUAGGUGGCAGCAGUAUCUGUAUUCCAAUUUAUAAGAACAAGGUAUUGCAUGUCUGGAGCGUCUAUAUCCAAGGAUAUAAUCACACAUUGCAGCUGUCCGUAUCUUGAAAAAGUAGGUCACCAUAACCUACACCCUGGAUUACAGUACAUCAACUACCUAUUUGUGGUUUCACAGGAUUAUCCCUUAAAACAAGUAUGUCAAUACCAUACACCCCCGACCACGGCUGUAAAUUCAAGAUCAGAGGCAUGGGUAUGAUGAAAAAGUUGAUGACCAUGUGUGACAGAGACAGAAUGAUUCUUGGUGAUCAAUCUCCCUCCUGAUCUGUGAGGACGCAAUGUAAAUGGAACAGAGUGCCCUGGACUGGAUGGCCUGACAAUUCAUUCCCAGGGUUAGGUGGAAGUCGGACAUCUAGAAAGGGGGCUCAGCUGCGGUACAUUAAGUCAUCGCUCCAGAGGGAAAGCGAUGUGGCAACCGCGGAUUAGAGGAGAAAGAGCUGCACUCACUAACCAAGGGGGCGUGACUGAAGGUACAAAUAGAGGACGUAGCUUGGUGAUCUGUUCCUUUGUUUAUGGUUAAGAGAAACGCUGAAGGACGAAAGUAAAAUAACCGUGAGUGUUUAGUGUUUGUUUCUUUUGUCAAGUCUAAUUGUACUGUUUGUUAUUUAUUAGACGGCUAACACGAUCCGAAGCUGUCGCUACAGGCCAGCACAAAUACCGGACAACACUUCACCACUGUGCACGAGCAAAUUGUGAUCCGAUUUUUAAAUUUAAAAAACAAGGCCAACAAUGGUUUAUGUCCAGGAAAUGGAUAACAUCAAACCCUCCCUGGAUUCAACCCUCCUAACAUUCCUCUUGUUCCACAAUUCCAGCCAAAGAGAGAAUUCCACACCCCCAGCUAUCAUCAGCCCUGUGAAUUACUAUGUAGAUAACAACAGAAGGAACACCUCGUAUGUUCCCACCUACGAGCUCACGGCAGGAGAGGUGGCAGCAACCAGCCUGGUCUUUGGAAUAUUAUGGCUGUUGUCUGUUUUUGGGAAUGCACUUGUUUGCCUGGUGAUCCAUCGCAGUCGUAGGACUCAAUCCACCACUAACGACUUUGUGGUUUCCAUGGCCUGCGCAGAUCUGCUCAUCAGUCUGGGGAGCACCCCGUUUGUGCUUCUCCAAGUGACUUCUGGACACUGGAUGCUGAGCAGUGUGAUGUGCAAACUGGUGCGCUAUGUCCAGCAUCUUUCCCCUGGUGUCCAGAUCUAUGUCCUGCUCUCAAUCUGCAUGGACAGGUUCUACACCAUCGUCUACCCCUUAAGCUUCAAAGUGUCCCGGGAGAAAGCCAAGAAAAUGAUCAUAGCUUCCUGGAUCUUCGAUGCUGCCUUUGUGUCCCCUAACUUUUUUUUCUAUGGCUCAGAGUGGGACAACCAUUGCAACUUCUUCCUCCCGGGCACCCGGGAAGGGAUCUUCUAUGGCAUGGUCCAUCUGCUGGUGGGAUUUCUGGUCCCUUCCACACUGAUCAUCUUGUUUUAUCAGAAGGUUGUCAAGUACAUCUGGAGAAUAGGCACUGAUGGCAGGACAGUAAGGAGGACCAUGAAUAUAGUGCCGAGGACUAAAGUCAAAACAAUCAAAAUGUUCUUGAUGCUCAAUUUAGUGUUUUUGAUUUCCUGGAUGCCUUUUUACAUAGCUCAACUCUGGCACCCCAAAGAGACGAAUUUGAGACAGAACGCUCUGGUUUUCAUGGCCGUCACCUGGCUAGCUUUCAGCUCUUCGGCCUCCAAACCCACUCUCUACUCCAUCUACAAUGCUAAUUUUCGGCGCGGCAUGAAAGAGACCUUUUGCACGUCCUCUAUGAAAUGCUAUCGGAGCAAUGCCUACACCAUCACCACAAGCUCACGGAUGGCAAAACAGAACUAUGUGGGCAUAGCAGAGAUUCCAGCAGAUGCAAAGGCUAUCACCAAAGACUCCAUAUAUGACACCUUUGAUAGAGAAGCGAAAGAGAAAAAAAUGGCCUGGCCUAUCAAUUCAAACCCUCCUAAUACAUUUGUGUGAAAAUUCAAAACUAGUGACUGCUCUUGACAAGUGAUAUGCACAACAAUAACAACAACAACAAUAAAAAGAUCUGAUCUUUUACCAUUUUUUUGUUGAAAGAGCAGAGCCUCCCAGUCUCUCACUGGUAUAAUAUGUUUUAGAAAGAAUAGUUACUGGAAUGUCAAGACAGUUUAGCCAAGGGUUAUUGCGUCCAGUCUGUCUUGAUCCUCCUUCUACUGAGGAGCAACCAAGGCCACAUAAUGGAAAAAGAAAGCAUUUUAGGAAAGACAACCUCUGCCUUGAAGAGGUUGUAUUAAAUUGGAAAGAGGGGAGCUGUAGCCACACUCCUGAACUACAAGAAGCUGUCAAUUCAACUACUUCUACCUGCAACUAAGUUGUUUCUAGUUUAAAUAAUUGCUGUUUUAGAAAAAAUAGGGGGAAAACAUGGCACUCAUUUUAAAAUUGUACCCUUCAACAUAAAUCAGAUGCUAUGCUGUUUUGCUAAAUGUAUUUAUGAUUUACUGCCUUGUUUUAUUAAUUUACAUUUUUUAAUAUUGUGAACCUGUCUUUGAUUUUUGUGACCAUUUAAAUACUCAUCCCAAAUCAAAAGAACUGCAUGUAAAUAGAGGACUAUACCUCCUGUUUUAUAUACAGUUAAAGUUUAUCUUGAGAUUAACUAGCAUUUUAUGCUCCUACAAAAUAUCCUAUUUCUCUGUCUUACAUUAUGGCUUAUCCAUAAGACAAAUUAUUUUUGCUGCCUCAUUAUAAAUAUUCUAUUAAAAUGUACAUUUCACAAUCAAAUACCAUUAUCUUAUAGGGUCCCUGAGAUUGCCCACACAUAGUUCCUGGCUGUGUGAAGUUGCCUGUCUUCACUUGGGAUUAAACAGGGAGCAAGCAUUGGCUUUGGCACUCCCGCAGGUUAGGGAGGCAAAAUGAUCUGGGACUUUCUCAUCACUGCGCUAUAGUGGACUCUACUAGGUAGGUGUCUGGUGCGCUCAAAAAGCAGGCCUUAGUCCUCCAAGGACUGUUAGCUCCCUGAUAGCCACUAUAAAGCUCCUGGGUUUAGAGAGGCCAUUAGCUUGGUCGGGGUACCAGGGUGCCCACUGACCUUCAGUUUUCCUGAGCUACUGUGGGGAUUGCUAUGAUGAAAAUCGGACAUUCUAAAUUGGGGAGAAAAAGAGGGGUACAAUAAUUGAGCUUACAAAAAGAUUGUGUUAAAUAUUUGAAGUUGGUAUCCUUCAUCAAUAUAGAACACUCAAUAGUGCUGAAUUUAGAAAUACUAAACUUGAUAAAUUCAAUGACAAAAGUUUUUUUCUUCAAAAUGUUUAUUUUAGUAUUUCUAAAUCGUUUUUACCCUUAAUUGUAAAAGGGGAGCAACUUAGCACUCGACCAAAAGCUUAGUACAUCUGCUCCAUCCUGUAUAAAAGUUUACCACAGUAAAAGCAAAGUGUUAGCAACACCAGGGAGGCAAACAUGGCAAACCAGUGUAAAUGAUGGUAAAAACUGUGCAAGAAUACCGUGGUAAACUUUUCUAAGGGAUAGUCCUCGAGCCCUUUCUCUGUAUCAUCACUUGUGUGGGGGUUUGUUUGGAAGUGCAAAAUAGAGCAGUGUUUGCUUUUUUAAACUACAGGCUCCAUUUUCAUCUUCUCAAAGGAAAUUUCACUUAAAACUUAAUACAAAAUCAUGGAGCCAUUGAUUCCCCACACUUCUCUAUUUGUUAAGCAAAAUAUCUGUCCAGGCUUGUUUCUAUCUACACGAUGUUAUCAUCAUCUAAACUCCCAUUGUGCAGGUCACUGCUGAUUUCUUCUUACUGCACCUUAACCAAACAUUGUAUUUUUGUGUGUUUUAAAUGGCCCAUAUUUUAGCAUUUCUUCCCAGAUAACACAUUUAUGGCCACCUUCAAUCCAGAUGACACUGUCCUAUAUAAUUGUAUAGCUCUUCAUUAAAGUAAUUGUAGCUAACAAAUGGUUCACAAGUUUUGCAUUUACAUUAACUACAUAGGUCUCAAUUGUCCAGUUAUUGAAGAAACACAUUAUAGAAAACAUAUUUUCUUUUUAAAACAGAUACAUGGUACUACACUAGGUUAAAGAAAGUACCCACUGUCCUUCCAGCAAGACAUGUUACUGGCUGAAAGUAUACCAGUCAAUAGGGGAAGCAGCUGAUUGGUUAUUGACAGGAAAGAAGUUUAUUGCAAAUACAAUUUAUGGAACUAUUUUGUUAGCAACAAUUACUCUAAGAAGUUCAGAUGAAGAAUAUAUGGUAGUAGCUCAGACUUCGCUGAGGAAACAAGCUUACAAUUCAUGUGGGAAUAUUCAGACUUUAUUUUUCACCCUUUAAGAGCAGGCUAAAUAUGGUUUUAUCUACUAAAAUCGGACGAACACUGACUGGCAGAAUGGCCACCUCUUUUGUUCUUUUACUUAUUUUAAACAUUUCAAUAAAUGUAUUGUGGAAAAUAAGCUACCCACAGCAGAAUUACCAAUAGAAUAAUUUAAUCAGAAUAUAUUAUCACAGUGUUUUAUGUCCUGUGUUACUUUUGGACAGUAAUGCAUGAGUGAAGUAGCCUUAUUUGAUUUUUCCAUGGCUUUAUUUCCAGUGUAAUUUUUUUACAGCACUGUUUGCACCAAGAGGGAACAACUGGCUGUGUGUUUUUAUAAAAGCAUCAGGAAAGUGUUAUAACGUAUAUUACAGGAAUAUAUUUUUGCAUGUACUUACCUAUGAACAUGAAGAAUACAAGGAUACUGUUGUAGUCAAAAGUUUACAUACCCCAAUGGAAAUUUAUAAUUUCUAGACAUUUCUCGAAAACAAAAAAUUUUAGGAAAAAUCUUUUGUAGCAAAAGUUUUGCUUUUGUGGAUGAGGAAAAGAAAAGUUUCAAGAAAUAGAUAUCUACAAUUAUUUAUUUCAGCAAUUUUGUUUUUGCAAAACUCCAAAAAUGCUAAUUUAAAAGUGUUCAUACCCUGACAAGGAAAAUGAACCAUUGAGACCUAUGGUUGAAAUGGAAACCCCAGUCCCACUUGCAGCCAAUUCACUUUGAAUAUAUUUGGCAGUCAAUCUCGGAUUGUUAUUAACCUUCCUCACAAUUCUUCUACUUGUUCUUGUAACUUUUUUUUUCCCUCAUCCUCAUCCACAAAAGCAAAACUCUUUGUCUUUGUUUUCGAGAAACUUCUAGAAAUUAUAAAUUUCCAUUGGGGUAUUUAAACUUUAACUACAACUCUAAACAUAUCCCUGUGGUUCUGUGAGCUUCACCCAACAAUGGGAUUAUUUUGUUGUAAAUCCCUGAAGCUCGUCAAUAUUCUGUACAAACCGUAAUUUUGUGUAAUUAGGCAACAUUUGUGGUUCCCGGCCUGGUCUCUUUUGAAAUUAAUGGCAUGAUCGGCUCUACAACACGGAACCUGUCUAUUCUGGAAUCGGGCAUGAUUUAUUUGUAAGUCUUGUCUGCGUAAAAUCAAUGUAACUCUGAUUGUGUAGUCCGACACUAAGUCAUGUGAUUCCCCCCAAAUUCAUAAUCAAGUAUGUUGCAUAAACAGACACAUGUCAAGCAGGUAUGGUACAUCUGCAGUAAAAUCCUUUUUACAUUACGGAGAAAUGUAAAAUAAAAAUUGAUACAAUCCUUAAUUACAGGGUAUACCUAGACUGUACACCUACUGUACAGUAUGUACACUUUUUAUGUACACUAUCUGUUCAGAUAGUUUGUAAUUUAUACCUACUGCUUUUUUUAGGUACAGUAUUAGAUUUUAGAGUACCUCUGUAAUACAGUACACUGUAUAAUCCAUCUUGAUUUUCUGGUCCCAACCGAAGCCGGAUUACAGGUUUUACUGUACAUUGAAACGAAUGGAUGGCCACUUUACCUCCAUAAUGGAUGUUUGAAGAAUCUCAUCCAUAACCUCUGUUCGACUUCGCACUAGAAGAGUGAAUUACCUAAUCCCCCCUUCCUGAGGUUCAAAUUAAUUGCUUUGGGAGUAAAAAAAAAACAGGUAGCCCCGAAUGGCCUCCUCUCAUGUGUAAGUUUGUUCUUAAGUGAUUCUUAAAAGGAGACAAAGUUAACCCUAGAUAAUACAAUAAUCACAGACCAGGGAACACAGUUGGAAAUUAAGUGGAACUGUGUUGGUUACAGCUUAGACAGCAAAUACUAAGCUUGCUGUAGCUUCAGUUUUACAGAACUAUAAACAGAAAGUGAUAAUGGAAUUUAAAAUCAUAUUUCACGGAACAGAUGAACUUGUACCACUAUCUAAUAUUGUGUUGAUCCUUCAGUAUUCCAUGUAAAGGUUAUCUAGACUCAGUACAGCUGUUGAAUGUUUGAUGACAAUUAACAAAUGCAAAUACAAUUGCCUUAGCAACAGACCAACAAUAGCUAGUAAAUAGGCAAUGGAGUGCCGCAAGAUUAAGAAUGAGGUCGGACUUUGGGUUCAAUCAAAACAGAAUCUGCCGAGCAGCAGCAGGCCUGACAUUUGUUAUGUUCCCUGUAUCACUCUUAUCUGAGAGAAAGCAGCAAAGUCCUUUAACAAAAGCAAAUGCAAAUCAAUUCUGUUAUUCAGGCUAUUAUAAUCUACAUUUAUGAAUGAUGCAUUUGUGACCAAGGGUUACCACAUCAAGUCACUUAGCUACAGGUAUGUAAUAUAUAGCCGAUGUGUAUGUGCGUGCAUUUACAGUAUCUGACCAGCAAAGUCAUUUUUCUGGGCCAUAUAGUGAACACAAAGCAAACGAUUUCAUCAAUUUAUUAAAAUAAUGUUUUAUCUCAACCCCCGACACUGCCUGGCCACUUUAUUAGGGCUUGUCUACAUGAUUGGAUUUGGGUUCACCCUAAAAUAUAGAUGAAAAUUAGGAUGAGUACGUGACCAUAAGAAAAUGUAUGAAUGAGAGGAGGCGAUUCGGCCCAAUCUAUGCACAUACAAUUCCUAGUAGCUUACUGAUCUCAAAACUUUCUCAUGUUGGGUCUUAAAGAAUACCAGUGAUACAGCAGGGCUCAAGCUGUGGGCGCAGCACAAUUGCAAACAGUCUUCCAGAAAUUAGGAAAGACACAGAUCUACCAGCAUUCAAGAGGCACGAUUGGGGCUCCCGAGUGGCACAUCCGGUAAAGGCACUCCGCCCGGAGUGCAGGAUUCACCCUAUACCUUGGAGAUCGUCGGUUUGAAUCCAAGCUAUGCCACUGCCAACUGUGGAGGCAAAGUGAAACAAAAGUGGUCGCAAAGAGAGAGAACUGUGGAUGCAAACAGUUAGUCACUAUAGCUGGGUUGGAAAACUUCAGUGAAUUCUAUUCUUCAAAAUGAUCUACAUAUCAUGUUGUAUGGUCCCAUCAAGUACCAUACAAAAUGAAAUGUUGUAACGUAAAGUAAGUCUAAGAUGGUGAAGCUGGAACAUGUUUCAAUACUGGUUGAUUUGACAUAGAAUGACCCAAAACAUUCUUAUAUCGGCAUUUCAUUCCGGUGAAGCCAAUUAGUCCUAUUGUAUGAAUUAUAUUGCUUUACAUGUAAUAGGAACCCACCUGCUGUGCACAGGAAACUAUGUGGAGUCAGAGCAGCCUGUUACCUGCACCACAGAGCUUCUAACACUAUCAAAUGAUAAACGGGCUUCAAUGGCGUCAAAGUGAAAACAAGCUCUAGAAAACCAGAAGAUUAAAAGAACACAAAGUCUCUUAAGAAUGUUGUUUUGUUCUUCAGAUGCAAACAGGGUUUUCUUUAUGGUUUUUCUUUCCUAUCAAAGAAAGAUCUUUGGUCUGUAAGACUAGGUUGUAGACAAGCAAUGAGACAAAACUCUUAAUUU